AUGGAUUUCAGGCAGAAUCCCGGCUUCGCGCCCGGGCAGGCUGUGUUCUUGCCCCCCGGCAGCUGGCCCGGCAGCGGGUUGCCAGUCGCGCAAUUCCAGUCGGACGGACGCGGCGGGAUGAUGGGAAUGACCGCGGGACUGCAGGUGGCGAUGGGGCAGAACCAGUCGAUGAUGAUGGCCGCGCCGCCGCAGGGCCCCGCGGUCGCACAGGCGCCGGGCGGCCACGCGCACCACCCAAAGCCGAAAGUGACGUGCACGCACCCUGGCUGCGGAAAGGAGUUUGCGUGGCAGCAGGACCUCGCCAAGCACGUUCGCAGGUACCACAGCGGCGAGGAACCGCGUUUCGCGUGCACGCACGACGGUUGCGACAAGAAGUUCUACGAGCGCAAGCUCCUCGUCGCGCACGAGCGCACGCACACGGACGAGAGGCCCUUUGCGUGUAAGCACCCGGGCUGCGGCAAGGCGUUUCGAGCCAGGAACGCGCUGGCGUACCACCAGAAGGCGCUGCACGAGUCAGGCGUCGUGCUACGAUGCACCGAAGACGGGUGCAGGUUCACCACGCGAAAGGCCGAGGCGCUCGCCACGCAUAAGCUCCGGCACCAGCAGCGAGCCGCGGCGAAGGUUUGGAAGCAGCAGAAGAAGGGCGAGGUGCAGGCGGCGGUGAAGACGGCAAAGGAGGAGUUACGAACGAAGAGCGCGGAGCUCGUGAACGUGCAGAAACAGCUCGCGCAGGAGCAAAAGGCUCACGCCAAGGCGCUGAAAGAGCUCAACGCGCUCAAGGCGACGCACGCGAAGAUGAAGAGGAAGGUCACGGCUUCCGCCACCGAGCUCGAGAGUCUCCGCCAGCAAAAGCGAGCGAGAACUGGCGGAGGCAAGGACGCCGGCGCGGUCGGCGGGAAGACUAAGGCGACCGGGAACGGCGCGGGCGGCGGCGGCGGCGGCGGCGUCGGCGGGGAGAGGAACGCGCCCGCGCUGAUGCCGGAGAUUGUCCUCCUCGACGGACCCACCGGCAAAAUGCCGAUGCUCGCGAUGGACGCGCCGGCUGCGUUGACUGCCGCCGCGUCCUCCGCGCGGGCACGCGAAUCCGACGCCGCCGCCGCGAGGCAGCUUGUCGACGGCGUCGUCGUUCCCGGAGCGGUCGCCGGGUUUGGUUAUCCCGGCGGGGUGGGCACGCGCGUGGCGCCGCCGCCGCCACUCGCGACUACUCUGAACGUCAACGGGACGAUGCGGAGGCUGCAGCCGGUUUGCGCGCAGGCGCUGCCGUGGUCCACGUCGUUCAUCGGGUGCCCGGGGAUCAAGUGCGACGACGGGCACGACUUCACCGAGCUUUUCCUCGAGGACGGGUCGAGGAACGCGGGCAAUAGACGGACGACGCCGCUGGAGGUUGAGCACCCCAAGGACGUCGCGGCGUUUCACGCGCGAAGCACCAACUGCCCGUGGGCCAAGCCCAACCUCCAGGUCACCCUGGAGAAGGCUUCCGACCCCAUGGCGCUCCACGCGUUGCUCAACGAGAUCGCGCCCAAGAAGGCGCUCAAAGUGAAGCGCGUGGACGGUCAGUGCGCCGCGUGCUACGCGGCUCACGUGGCGUUGGCGGCGAGGCUCCGGGCGAAGCACAACGCUAAACCCGCGGGGGAGCCGGCGGCGGAUGAGGUUGAUGCGGCGGAUGAGGUUGACGGGUUGGUCGAGGACGCGCUGGUCGACGGCGACGGCGACGGCGACGGCGAUGACGAUGAUGCGGUUGCGGAGGAGACGCCUCGCGCCGUGCGGUCCAGGCGCGGCGUCUGA